GGUUGGUUCUCUGGUUCAGGCUCCAAAAGAAGGCAGAGAAGGCAACCCGAGAAGGAGCGCAGAUUCCCGGGAGGAUCGGAGCCUGAAGUGUCUCUGUCUGGAAGUUUUGGAUAGUUUGAGGAGCGCGCGUAAAAAUGGGGGACGUGGUUUCCUCACAUUUGGACGAGAGCAGGAGGGAGAUGAUCUCAGGUCGUACGCGGGCUGUGAUGAGUGACUUUGGCCGUAUAUAUGAGCAGCAGUACUCUGUCGCCCUGUUCAACAGUGUGAGGGCCGAGAUCGAAGGGACAGGAGGGACGCAGGCCCAGCUACUGCACAGGAAGGACCCUCUGGCGGGGAAGACCAUCUUCUCAGGGAGCCUGCUGCAGUAUCUGGAGGAAAACAGGAAGUGGAGAAACAGAUAUGUGUCCAUCCCAAACUCCUACACCAUCGAGUUCUAUGAGAACAGAAUAGCCUGUGAGCGUGGACUGAAGCCUAAAGCUAGGCUCAACUGUGCAGGCUACAAAGUGUUGAACUCCCUGGAGGAAUAUAUGGAGCUUGUGAACAAUAGUCUCCCAGGAGUGAAGGCCAAACCCGGCAGCGCUCCCUUCAUAAAGACUGUGACCCAGUACCCCCUGAUCCUGUGGCACCCGUACGCCAAUCACCACUACUUCUGUGUGCUCACCGAGAAGGAGCAGAGCAAGUGGAGUGCCGUGCUGGAGGACUGUGUGCGCCAUGCCAACAACGGUUUUCCUGACGAGGGCACAGUCCUGACUCCAGCCUUCACCAACAGUGUACGACGCUAUCGCCAGGCUCAAGAGCACUACGGCAGCUGGGACCUCAUGUGUGGCAAGCCCCCCCAGAUUCUGGCUAACCUGGUGAUGGAGGAGCUGCAUCCCGACCUGAGGAGUGUGAUCGGGCCUAAGCUUAAGGGCAAACUGCAGCAGAGACAACGUAGCUGGAUGCUGAUCUCUGGAGCGGUGUACAGGCAGGUGCUGACUCACACCAUAUCCCACUACGAGGCUCUGGUGCAGGGACAUGAGGCCCAGAGAGGGCCCUUAGACGCGGCGCUCAGGACGGACAUGGACCAGAUCAUCAACUCCAAGGAACACGUCUCCGGCAAAAUCAAAGCUGUGGUCCUCCCAAAGGUGGAGCAGGUGUUGAAGAGCAGUGUGGAGCCGUACGUGAGCUCCAUCCUGGACGCUCUGAUGGUGCCCACAUCCCGGGGCUUCUCUGAGGUCAGGGAGGUCUUCAGCAGAGAGCUGGUGGAGCUCAGCAAGAACUCUGUGGAGCAGGACCAGGACAAGCUGGGAGAGCUGAUGGAGCGCAUGUCUAUGCUGGCCUUCCACCCGGUGAAGAUGCACUCGUGUUAUGAUGAGCUGGAGCGUCUGGAGCUGGAGGGGCUGCAGCAGAGGUUCAGUGUGAGCGGGCCCAGAGUGUUCAGCUGCAGGGCACAGAUCCUGCUCAGAGAGCAAAUGGACAACGCGGUGUACACGUUUGAGCAGCUGUUAAACCAGUCUCUGCAGGCUCCGGGAGAGAGCGACCUGUGCAAGAGCAUCCAGAAGUGUCAGGAACGCGUGCUCAAGAAGUUUGACUAUGACAGCAGCACCGUGAGGAAGAAGUUCUUCAGAGAGGCUCUUCUUCAGAUCAUCGUGCCCUACAUGCUGCAGCAGCUGGCGCCCUCUUGUGUACCGGAGCUGCCUCGGUUCCAGGAGCUGAUCUUUGAGGACUUCUCCAGGUUCCUGUUGGUGGAGGACCUGUACGAGGAGGUGAUCAUUCAGUCCGUGUCAAAGGACAUCAUGUCAGCUGUGAAAGAAGCAGCCGUCCAGAGGAGACACAACCUGUACAGAGACAGCAUCGUGCUGACCAACAGCGACCCCAACCUGCACCUGCUGGGAGAGGAGGACCAAGUGGACUGGAGAUCCAAGUUCAGUGUUAAGGAAAGCAAGGAAUCUCCACCUUCUGAAUCAUCUGACUCUUCUACAGCAGCCCCCCAGCUCCGAAGCUCAGCCCGAGGGUCCAAUUCAGGCACCAAGCGCAAUCAAGUAGUGUCCAUGAUCCAGCUAGAGGGGGUCCCACUGCCCUACGAGUCCUGCCUGGAGGUGCCUGGUGAGGACCUUAUCCCGGAGGAGGAGGACAGCCUGUCCAGCCAGGAGGAGGAUGUCAAGACUCCGAUCAACCAAAUCCGUGACUUAAUCCAUCCGGUGGUGGAGCUCGUUGUUCCCGCAUCUGACCAGGAGGAGGUGGCCAGUGGGACGGAGUCUAAGACAGGGCUGGUAGUUAUGGAGGACGGCAUACAAGAAGAGGUAACCCACGUGACCACAAAGCUAGACAAAGUCCCGCGAAGUUCCAUCAAAAUCCGAAACAAUGGAGAAAUUGAGGAACAAAAACAGGUGUCGCCAGUCAGUGAAACGUUCCCAAAGAUUGUUGAGGAGAAGCUAAAUGUGGAAAAUGUUGAGCCAACCCUGCAAAUUGAAAACUUUAUGGAUUCUAAAACUGAAAGUGAAACUGAAAGUGAAAGUAAAAAGUCGCCACAUAGUUUGCUGCAAAGGCUCAUGGGAAGUAAAAGACAAGAGGAGGAGGCGGCCAUCAAAAGUGCAAUUCACGAGCUUGAGAUCGCCGUGCAGGAUGAGGAGGACAGUGACCAGAACGCGUCCGGACCCGACUCGGACUCAGACCUGGUCCAACCCCAGAGGCUCCAGACGACGGUCUACAGCUCCCACAACGACAGCGGCUUCCAGUCACCGACCAAUGAGAGGCCAGAGAGUGCGCGUACCCGGCCAAUCUCGAACGGACAGGUAGAGCCGGCAGAUGUGGAGGUGGUUCUGGCGUAGACAGUGGGAGGUUAAAGGAGGAGUAUUGUGGUUUAUGCUGGUUAUGUUUUUGGACAUGGUUGGAUUUGGUCACACUUUAGAGCUUUAAUUAUUGAAUGUGUGGAACAGGCCGAUGUGAGUGUGUGUUGUAAUGACUGAGGUAUGUGAUGCUUGGAUCAGUGUCUGCGCCCUCUGGAUAAAGUUUGACUGUUGUGUGAUGACAGUGGAUCUUAAAAUGGACAGAGAAGGGCUAUAAAACAGCACCAGAUGAGCUGAAUCAGCAGAUGAUGAAGGAAACGCACUAAACGCACUAAGCACUGCUGCCUCUCAUGAGACAUCUGAGAGAUGUUGCAUUAGUUUUUAAUUGGUCCACAACCUGGAGAGAGCCAUUGUGAGGAUGUGUGGACAUAUUAGAGAGGAGGGGCUGGCAUGCCAGGCUAGUGUACUCUAAUCUAUUUUAAAUCAACAAAAAAGAAUAAUGCAAUUUUUGAUGCCCUGUUUUCUAACAAAAUGAAUUUGUUAAAAUACAAAAUAUUGGUAUCAAAUAUCAGUUCCAAUGCAGCUCAUUAGUGAGUUGUGCUAUUUUUAGAACCGGUCUGCGGGCGACUCAUGUGGGGCUUGGGGGCGACAUGGCGCCCGUGGGCACAGGGUUGGUGACCCCUGGCCUAGAAGGUCUCAUAAUGUCUGAACAUUUAUAUAUUUAUUCAUACAAAGCUGUUCAGUAGUUAUUUUGUAUAAAUAACAUUUAUAUAAUACAACUUAUGACAAAAGAUUUCCAAUUAACAGUUUUAAAUGCCAUUUCACUGGAAUCGAUUAAUGAGGUAUGAACUUAAAUUCAAGUAUCAAGUAUCAAUAUUGAUAUCUUAACUAAAAAAGGUGGAUCGGUACGUCCCUAAUAUUUGUUUCCAUGUGACAAAACCGGAAACCAAAAUGAAUGACAUGUGCAUUGAGAUAUAUGUUUGAGCUGUGUGGCUGCAGGGCCUGUCAGCAGAGUAUCUAAGGACAUCAGAGUGUGACUAUGUACGUACUUUAUGUAAUGCCUGAACCUGACCAGUAGAGGGCCUCAUUGGUUUGGGAGAAUCACUUCAACAGUUCAAAUCUUUUCUUCAUAUGGAGUUUUUCUACUGUAAUAUGAUCUUAUAUGUUUGAUGCAACCGUGCAGUCAUAUUAUCUGAAGAGAGAUGUCAGGAGACAAGAAAAGCAAUUUAUGUUACUGAUAUGUCUUAUUAUUUUUGUUUCUAUUUAAAGUGUUUAUUUAAUUUUAAAGUGUGUUUUGUUUUGUCUGACUUUUCAUCAGGCUUAAGACUCGAUUUUGACAUGUUGAUUUGCAUAUCUUGCUUAGGGUGUGUUAUAAUAAUCCACUAUGCAGUUUGAAGCUAACUGGAUUUUCCUGCUCAAGCCUGUGUACAUCUGCUAAAUGUGUUUUAUUCACGGGGAGCAUUUUAGGUUAGAAGAGCUACAGGAGUGCUAAGGUCUUCGAUGUGGAUGCUCGUUUAACAUGUUAAUUUAGAGCUUUUUAACAACGGAGCACCCCCUCACCAUGUUUGCUUUGCUGUUUUAAACAAGUUAAAAUGUAGUUAGCCCCUUCAGUGAUGUAUCAAAGCUAAUAUGGAUUUUUUUUAUUUUUAUUGGAGUCUCAUUUUGAGCAGCAUUUUUAGUCAAGAUUGGAUGUGCUAUGAAAGUGGGGUGACCAUUCUAGGGGAGGCUAGUGCCCCCUCAAGCCCCUCCCUGGCACCGCCUCUGGUUUUAUUCAUUGAUGCUAAAAUGCUAAAAUAAAUGCAACAUGCAAUAAAAAAAAUAUGAAUAAAAAUUUUCC